AUGGCUUCGUCCAAUCAAGUGCUAGUCGUCAUCGUAGUCAUCGCCGUCGCCACCGUCCUCGCCGCACCGGCCGCGGCCCUCGCCGCCGACCUCUUGGUCGGGGGCAGCCAGGGUUGGCGCCUUGACUUCGACUACGACGAUUGGGUCGAAGAAAACGACUUCAUCGUCGGCGACACACUCGUGUUCAAGUAUGCCAUGGGCCAGCACAAUGUGGUGCAGGCGACGGCGGCGAGCUACGCGGCGUGCAGCCAGGGCAACAGCCUGCAGGUGUGGAGCUCCGGCGACGACAGGGUCACCCUCAACACGUCGGGCCCCUGGUGGUUCUUCUGCGGGGUGGGCGACCACUGCCAAGACGGCAUGAAGUUCAACAUCAAUGUCCUCCCGGCCGUCGUUCUCUCCCCUUCGUCGCCGCCGACGCGUGAUCAGGGCGGAGGUGACGCAACGGGGCUCGCCGGUGCUCAGGGCGGAGGACUCGCAGCAGCGGGGCUCGCCGCCGCCGCCGGCGUCGCGGUGGUGGCCGCGCUCCUGUUCUAG